CCACAAAUUUUUUUUUCAGAAUCUAACUCAAGAAGGUCAUCGAUGACCCUGUCGAUGCCUGUAGGUGAAGACACAACAACAAAUUCACCGGAACCUCCAUGUCCGCCAACACCUUCACGUUCUUCACGUGCAUUUUCUCCUUGUUCUAUUCCGCCACCAACACCAACAACAGUAGAUCGAGCACGUAUUCUAGAAGAAACCCAUAAUCAAGUUAGACAUCAUCUAGUCUACAAAAAAUUUUGUUUUUUAACCGAUGGUUUCCUCACUUUAGGCAAACAUCCUCGCUAUAACAGAUCUGCUGAACUGGUAUAUAACUGUUUUUGUAUGACCUUAAAACACACAGAAAUUUUGGCUAACGUAGCGGAACGGUUGCCAGAUUACGUAAAACGACGGGACAACCCAUUGAGUCGAAAUAGGCUUAAUCAUUUCUCCGAUUUAAACUUCAAGUCUUUUUCUCCAGUUUUAAUCAAAGGAUCAUCUUUAUUUUUCGACGCAUAUCUGAUCCGAAAAGCUCAAGAUAACAUUGAUGUCACCGUUAUGGUUUAUCUUUCACUCCUAUUUAUUUAUUUUUUUCCUGAGUUUUUGCCUCAACGUACUAACCAUUUAAUAAGACUAACCAAGUUUUUGAAAAUAGAUGUAGAAAAUUUUGUCCGACAAUUUUUACGAGACUCAAAUUUCUACAAUCGAAUAGUUAGAGCGUUCAUUAUGCCGCGUCUUAAUCUACUGUCAUUCCAUUCACUCGCUGCCCACAAUCUUAAUAAGACAAUGAAAGUGGAAGAAUAUGAACGACACGUAUGUUUCAUUAUGAUGCAACUAGUCUGUGCUUUAAAAUCGCUACAGUCUGACGGUGUGGAGAUGUUAAGCAAUAAUUUUAAAGAAUUCCUUCUGGCCUAUAGGUACACACAUUUCAACCCUCCGGAGGAAAUCAAUGAGUAUCCACGAAUCCUUCUUCUUUAUGAAGCUAUUGGAGAAACUAUUGAAGACUCCUCUCGGGACAGCGUAGGAGUGUGCAAAUAUGCUCUAAGAGCUUUAUGUACCCUUUUACAUCAUAAAAUGGACAACAAAGUACCCCCCAUAUCCCACCGUUCCAGUUUUUCAGAUGCUCUUUUGAAGUGCGCAGAACUGUUGCAUCAAGACAAGUCGAGUUCACUAACAGAAGCUAAAAAUUUACUGGAGUAUAAUUUUUGGGUUGGCGACGGUGUGCAUUUUGAUACAGAGUUUGAAGCUCGAAUAUGGCUUGAUAAGAAGCGCACAGAACAUGUCAGCUAUCUACUACGCUUACUACUCGAAAACCCAGGCGCGUUGGAAGAAACUUAUGAACGUCUUCACUUACAAUUUCUGCUUUCGACCACUCCGCGUACUUUAUUUGCCUGUUCAGAAGCCUUACGAAGAUCGUUCUGUUAA